ACGGUAAACCGGUGGUGACUGCAACGUCAGGCAAUGGAAUAAACACAUUUUCAGGAAGUUUUCUGUCACUUUGUAACAGCUCAAUUCGGCACACUAAUAUUCAAGAAAUGAGACAUCGUGGUGACGGAUAUUUACGGCUUACACCGUGCGCCCCGUGCUUUCCUCUUCUUCCGGUGUAAGGCAUGCAUAACGGCGGGCACACAUGGUAAAGCAUGGGGAGGAGAAAAUAAUUUGUCGCAGAAGAAAAAGACGCCGCCGCCGCAGAAAACCCUCGAUUAGCCCUGAUCGAUUGGGACAGCUGUAUUGACUCAGACAGGGAAGGGGAACAAGAGAGGGAAAGAGGGGGAGCGGGAGAAUGGCGUUCCUGGACAACCCCGCCAUUGUGCUGGCACACAUCCGGCAGUCACACGUGACCAGCGAUGACACCGGCAUGUGCGAGAUGGUCCUGGUGGAUCACGAUGUGGAUCUGGAGCGGUGCCUGCUCUCCGCAGUGCCAAGCGGGACUAGCACUGGUUCUGCAGACUCUGGAUCGCAGGUCGAUGCCACUGGGGAGUCUGGAACCUGUGACCUCUCCCAGUCUGUGGACAUCACUUCUAGCUGGGACUUCGGCAUCCGCAGGCGCUCCAACACAGCUCAAAGACUUGAAAGACUGAGGAAAGAACGACAGAAUCAGAUAAAAUGCAAAAACGUUCAGUGGAAGGAAAGGAAUGCUUCGCAGUCAGUGGAGGACCUGGGCUCACUGUUCGAGAGGAAGGACUUUAGGGAUCGGCCACGCUGCCAGGGAAAACAGUCGGCCCUGUCUCUCCGCCUGGAGCAGUGCCCCCAGCAGCUCAACAAUCCCUUCAACGAAUACUCCAAAUUCGACGGCAAGGGCCACGUGGGUACAACAGCAACCAAAAAAAUCGACGUCUACCUCUCAAUGCAGGCUACACAGGAGAAGCUGCACCCCAUGACGGUGGUCACCAUGGCCAACGCCCGUGUCCAUGACCUCAUCGGCCUCAUCUGCUGGCAGUACACCAGCGAGGGCCGGGAGCCCAAGCUCAAUGAAAAUGUCAACGCCUACUGCCUGCACAUCGCAGAGGACGACGGUGAGGUGGACACAGACUUCCCUCCGCUUGACUCCAACGAACCCAUCCACAAGUUUGGCUUCAGCACGCUGGCACUCGUGGAGAAGUACUCGUCACCAGGCCUUGCUGCCAAGCAGUCGCUCUUUGUCAGGAUAAAUGCCGCUCACGGCUUCUCCCUCAUCCCGGUGGACAGCUUAAAGGUGACCAUGAAGGAGAUCCUGCAGAAAGCCUUGAAGAAGAGGAAAGGCUCACAAAAGGGCUCAGGUCCCAUGUACCGUUUGGAGAAGCAGACAGAGCCCAACGUGCCCGUUGAGCUGGACUGCACGCUGGAGAGCCAGAGCACGCUGGAGUUCUGCCUGGUCAGAGAAAACAGUUCCAGAGGCGAAGAGAGCUCGGAGGAGGACCCACCUAUUGACAUCACCACCGUUCAGGACAUGCUGAGUAGCCAUCACUACAAGUCCUUCAAGAUCAGCAUGAUCCACAAACUGCGCUUCACCACGGACGUCCAGCUUGGUGUCUCUGGUGAGAAGGUGGAGAUUGACCCAGUCACCAAUCAGAAGGCCAGCACAAAGUUCUGGAUCCGACAAAAACCCAUUUCCAUCGACUCGGACCUCCUGUGUGCCUGCGACCUGGUGGAAGAGAAAAGCCCCAGCCAUGCAAUAUUCAAGCUCACAUAUCUCAGCAACCACGACUACAAGCCUCUUUACUUUGAGUCGGAUGCUGCUACAGUCAACGAGAUCGUGCUUAAGGUGAAUUACAUCCUGGAGUCGCGGGCCAGCACAUCGCGGGCCGAGUAUUUUGCUCAGAAGCAGCGCAAGCUGAGCCGCCGUACCAGCUUCAGCUUCCAGAAGGACAAGAAGAGUGGUCAGUAGAACAUCGCAUUGCAUCACAGUGCCCCCUUGUGUUCUGGAGGUGCAGGCCAGAGCGAGCCACGCUGCCAGGCACACAGAAGAGCACAGGGGGGACGCCAACGUGUGGGGGACGCCCCGCCAUCUCGGCUGAGCCCGGGGAGUCGUCAUCUGCUGUUGGAGCCCUCGUUCUCCUUCCAGCCACGGUGCCCCCCGCUACCCUGCUCCCAGCUGGAAGCUCCCUGCUCAUCAGCCAUAACAGAAAAUAGCUGGUUUUCUGCCUUUUUUUUUUUUUUUUUU